GUGAGCAAUGCGGCACGGCCACCGUGCGGGCACGAAUGCGUCGUCCGGCAGCGAAGCAGAGACCGAACGCAACGAGUCAAGGGACCCGGCGCGUCUAUCCGCACAGUGAGCAUGUAAGUGAUGGCGAGAGUGCGAGCGACGCUGCGUCUGUGGACGGGAGUGUGGCGCAGCUACUUCACGGCGGGUACGACGCUUGUCUCGACGUGGUCGAGGUGCUUUGCGCUGUCUUGGACGUGGUGGGGUCUCCAAGAGCACUGGAGACGAUGUAGUUGGACUCAGGCACCUAAGAGUGGUAGGCGGUGGUGAAGGGUGCGCAGGUGGUGUUUCACGGCUUGGUGGUGGACUCGCCACCGUCUUGGGACGGAAUCUCUAACGUGGUGGCGUCAACCACGGAUGCGACGCAGUACUGGUGUUGCUCAUCUCCGCACCCUUGUCCAGCUCUUUGCUGGACUGGAUGUUUGGUGGCGUGUUCUCGUUUUCGCUGGAGGUGUCGUUGAUGUACCGUAGCCUCCAAUGAAGCGAGGAGUGGGUCAGAUGC